UUUUUAGCAUAAUUUCAACAAUUAACUACAAUUUCAUUAGCUGUCACUGAAAUAACAAAACACAAACACGAUGCUAACACUGCGAGAGCGACAAAUAAAUGCAAUUAAGCAAAUGCUUAAUUUGAAUUCGCAGCAACCAAAAGCCCUGGCAGCGGAGCCAGUGUGGAAGAUUCUCAUCUACGAUCGCGUCGGCCAGGAUAUCAUCUCGCCCAUCAUUUCGAUCAAGGAAUUGCGCGAAUUAAGCGUGACGUUGCAUGUGCAACUGCACUCGGAUCGUGACUCAAUACCGGAUGUGCCAGCUGUUUACUUUUGCCUGCCAACGGACGAGAAUCUCGAUCGCAUCCAGCAGGAUUUCUCGAAUGGAUUAUACGACAUUUAUCAUCUAAACUUCCUGGCGCCCAUCUCACGCAAUAAGAUCGAGAAUCUGGCGGCGGCCGCUUUGCACGCUGGCUGCGUGGCAAACAUACAUCGGGUGUACGAUCAGUAUGUGAACUUCAUCAGUCUGGAGGAUGACUUCUUCAUUCUGAAGCAUCAGCAGAGCGAUCAGCUCUCCUACUAUGCCAUCAAUCGGGCGAAUACCCGUGACGAGGAAAUGGAGGCACUAAUGGAUUCAAUUGUCGACUCGCUUUUCGCUCUGUUUGUCACGCUUGGCAAUGUGCCGAUUAUCCGGUGUCCCAGGAACAGUGCAGCGGAGAUGGUGGCCCGCAAGCUGGAGAAGAAGCUGCGCGAGAAUCUGUGGGAUGCACGCGCCAAUCUCUUUCACAUGGAUGCCACCCAGGCGGGUGGCGGCGUCUUCAGUUUUCAACGGCCCGUCCUGCUGCUGCUGGAUCGCAAUAUGGAUCUGGCAACGCCACUGCAUCACACCUGGUCGUAUCAGGCGCUGGUGCAUGAUGUUCUCGAUCUGGGGCUGAAUCUCGUCUAUGUGGAGGACGAGGCGACGGCUGUUAGUGCAGGUGCUCGGAAGAAGCCGAAGGCGUGCGAUUUGGAUCGCACCGAUCGUUUCUGGGUGACGCACAAGGGCAGUCCAUUUCCGACAGUGGCCGAGGCGAUUCAAGAGGAGCUGGAAUCGUAUCGCAGCUCCGAGGAGGAAAUCAAACGACUAAAGACCACAAUGGGAAUUGAGGGUGAAUCGGAUAUUGCCUUCUCGCUGGUGAACGAUACGACGGCGAUGCUGACGAGUGCCGUCAACUCACUGCCCCAGCUGAUGGAGAAGAAGCGUCUGAUUGACAUGCACACCAAGAUUGCCACAGCGAUAUUGAACUACAUAAAGGCGCGACGCCUCGACUCCUAUUUCGAGAUCGAGGAGAAGAUCAUGUCCAAGCAGACAUUGGAUAAGCCGCUGCUCGAACUGCUGCGCGAUGUCGACUUUGGCCAGCCGGAGGAUAAGUUGCGUCUCUACAUCAUCUACUACAUUUGCGGGCAGCAGCUGCCCGAACCCGAAAUGGAACGUCUUCGUGAUGCUCUUCAAGCCGCCGGCUGUGAUCUGACUGCGUUGGCCUAUGUGCAGCGCUGGAAAUCGAUCAUGAAUCACUCGCCCGGCAUUAGUCAGGCCACACAGUAUGAGGGCGGCGGCACCAGAACCGUCUCCAUGUUCACCAAGCUCGUCUCGCAGGGCAGCUCCUUUGUCAUGGAGGGUGUCAAGAAUUUGGUCGUCAAGCGGCAUAAUCUGCCCGUGACAAAGAUAACGGAACAGGUGAUGGAAUGCCGCAGCAAUGCGGAAACGGAUGAUUAUCUCUACUUGGAUCCCAAGUUGCUAAAAGGUGGCGAUGUGCUGCCCAAGAAUCGUGCACCAUUCCAGGAUGCAGUCGUCUUCAUGGUUGGCGGCGGCAAUUACAUUGAGUACCAGAAUCUGGUGGACUUUAUCAAGCAGAAGCAGACAUCCAAUGUGCACAGACGGAUCAUCUAUGGCGGCUCCACUCUGACCAAUGCCAAACAGUUCCUCAAGGAGCUGUCGGCAUUGGGUGGCGAAAUUCAACAGCCAGCAGCGAGUUAGGAGCGACUGAUACACUUUCACUGCUGCUGAUCGGACGACGCAAACUACAAGUUAAUUGUGUGUGCAACAUAAGUAUGUGUGUGUGUGUGUGUGUUUAAGUGUGUGUGGCUUUUUCUUAUAUUUUAAGCAUAUCCAAAAAUAAAUGAAAUGCAAGGCAACAAGUAAAAAACAGAACAAAAAGUGGACGUGGGCAAUUACUCGAAACUGACGCGUAAUCCCCGAUGGAGGACGACAAGCAAAAACAUGCGUAGCUUCAUGUACAACAAGUGGGAGAUGGGCUAAGCAGAGGGCUCUGUGUGUGUGUGUAUGUGUGGGGAGUGGGGA